UACCCCAAAAUGAGACAUAGGCCCAUCAAAUCCAUCCAUGAAAAUUCUAACUAUAGAAACUGAAAUAGCCUUAUCGCUUAUAUGGCAUUGUAGAUUCACAGAAUAGUGCCAAAGACAUACAAUGGGGGUAUCGUUAUACUCAGCAGAUGUAGCUGAACACAAUAUGGGGUUCUGUGCAGAAAUAGCACACACCAGCUUUACGAAAUACACAUUACAAAAACUAUGUUAUGUGAAUAUGCCAAAAUAGAAAAAACACAAUUUACUCCAAUAUUUAGCAGAGAUUGGCGAUGAAAUGGCUAAGUGUCAAAAUAACCUCUGAUGUCUACUUUAUAUAAAUAUAUACUUUUGUGUGGUAAUUUUGUUUUCUGUGAUGGUUACUAAACCUUCAAGACAAACAUACCAACUUCUAAAAUUUUUACUUUGAAAUUUUAUUUGUCGUAUUUUGUGCCCUGUAACUUUCAAAAUAAGCUGAAAUUCUACACAUAUUAUGUAGUCUAUAAAUCAAGACACAUAAAUGAAUUUAUUUUGAAUUACUUUUCGUAAGCUGGACAUAUUUUGCACACGCUAUAUUGCCAAAACUGUGGGGAGGGGAAAAAUAUUUUCUUUUUGUUUUCCCAUUGUUUUGUCAUUUUUUUCUACAAUUAUUAAGAAUUUAUCUAUUUAUAUGUGACAUCAAAUUAAAGCCCUUUUAAUAGAAUAUUUGUAUGUCUGUCAGCAUGCAGAGCUAAAAAAAUAAGGUACAUUAUAGAUCAAUGAUUAUUUGGCAUAUAAUAUCAAUUUGUGAUAUAUCAUGAGACAUUCAUGCAAUGUUUAUAUUUUUGGUAAAUUAAUUCCAUGAAGCGAAAUAAAUUGAUCUUUAGAUAUUUUAUAGCAUUUUUGCUGUGAAAAUGGGCAUGUUAUCUCUGCAAAGUUCAGAAAGCUUUUUAAUCCCAUAGUUAUCCUCCAAACAUGAGUGAUUUAACCUAUUAAACUGUAGAUGGCUUAUCUUGCAAUAAUUUCGUCAUUAUCCAUCUAUGUAUUUAUUUAAUAUAUAGCAAUCUGAAGUUGGUAAAUGUGAAAAUCUUUAUCUGGCUGCAAAUGUUUAAAAUAAACAUUCUGCAAAACAAAUUAAAAACAUGAAGGUAUUUAUUUUCUUCCUAGUUUGCAACUUCCUCCUUAUUUAUUUUUCCUCUUCUCCAAUUUUCCAGGCGGCAAACGGUUACAAGCACUCCUUGCUGGAUCGAACUUCACCUGAAUGGACCUCUGCAGUGGUUGGACAAAGUCUUGACUCAGAUGGGCUCUCCAUCAGUCCGCUGUUCAAGCAUGUCCUAAUGACCCCCUCCCUCUAUGUGUAACCUAUGGGUUCAAUCUGAAGUCCCAGCUACAGACUUAAUACAGCUUGUCUGUCAUAGUAAUUGUGUGUGGUCCCCAUGAACUGUUUACAAUCCAAAAGAAAGUGGAAAAACAGCACUUGAGGUCCCAUCAACUAAAGCACCUUGUUGGAUUCUGUUUCUGAUACUCUUAUGAAAGUAGAUGAAAUCUUAGUGUAAAAAUAAAAUGACUCCUUACUGGGGAAGGGACAUUUUAAGGACAUGUAAUGGUGUAUUAUUGGGCAUAUAAUUGAGUGUCCAAAUGGUUUAACAAUAACAUGAGUACUCCUUAUGUAAGUGUCAUGUAUAGUGUUCUCCAGCUGUUCAUUGGUCAGGCAGCAUGUGGCCUUCUUGCUGUUGUUGAACCUUGAGUUCCAUGCUCCUUAGCUUAAUGAGACUUCUAGUAACUGCUUGAGGGACACAAGUCUCCCAGCCCUCACCGAUUCCCUAAAUGGAAUAUUCCUGCUUCUUUAUCUUAGUUGCAAACCUUGAUUUAAGUUUUUUUCAUUAUUAUUUCCCAUAGUAUAUUUGUAUUUCCCCUCCUGUGACCUCUUUCUUUUUUAUUAAUGUGCCCUAAUGGUGCAAAUGCUUGCUAAGGUAAAACUGACUUUCCUUACAUGUCUUUUCCUAGCAACCAGGGACCCUUAAUGCCUCCCAAUUAUCCAUUUUUGGACUGGAAUUAAUUUGCAUCAAAUAAUUAUUCUAUGGUGUCUUUUCAAAAGCAGGCCAUCUUGUCACACAGUGUGUAUGCCAAUUUGAAAGCACCCCAGCCCCCUUUCAUUGUUUUUAUAAAAAUAAGGUUGAGUUUUGAGGUGGAAAUUGUUUUAAUUUUUAAAGUGCGUGUUAUUGUCAACCCUUGGACACUACAUUUGCACCCUAUAAAAAUAUUUAGAAUCAUAUUCUACAGAUGUCCAUGUUUAGCGAGGGUGGGGGCAAAGGUUGUUUAGAAAGGGUACUCUGACUAAAACAAAUGUACAUCUUACUAACCAUUUUCUUCUUUAGCUGUCUGUCAUUCUUUUAUAAUUGUGGCAGUGGCAAGAUUGCCUUUUCUUCUUCGACUCUAUCCCCUUGGUUAUAUCUAUUACACUAGUUGUGUACUUUGUAAGUACAGCUAGUGAAACUUGUUGGCUUUGAGAACAAAAACAUGGCCAGUGUUAGGGCGUUUCAUCAUUUGGCAAAAAUUGUGAUGAUUUUUGUAUGCCAUAUAGUUUAGUGCAGGGGUAGCCAAUGGGUAGCUCUUCAGCUGUUGUAUUACUGCAAACUCUAGCAAUGGUCAUAGUGGAAAAAGUACUUUGUGUAUAAGCAGAGUUGUAGACUCACAGCAACUGGAAAGCUCCAUAAUGUCUCUCCCUGGUUUAGUGCAUAGAGGCAAUUCCAAAACUAAGUUGGGAAAGUAAAUCUGGUAGGCCAAACCAUGAAGAAAACAAAACAAACAAACAAAAAUAAAAUAAAAAUUGGCAAAGCAUUUAACAUUUGUGAACUAGUUUUACCAGUAGAUUGGUGUAUUGGUAGAACUUGUGAACUUAAGACAUAAGCUUUGUGCGUGUUGCAAUUGCCGAAUAUGUGAAUACACUAAUAAAAGAUUUAAUUCUCACUUUGUAAUUUUCUUUUCAUGUGGUUUGCUCAAUCGCCCAAGUUUCAGUGAGACUGACUGUAAAUAGUGUUUUG